AUGUGGAUUGAAUGGUUUAUUCGAUGUUCGAAAUCAUUUAGUAAAUGGCCGUUAAGAUUUUUUUAUGAUGAAUGUAAACGACAUCGUUAUAUGCUUUCAUUUAGUCCACUUUUAUUUAUUAAUAAUCGAAAAAUUGAUAAUAUUUCAUUAAAUAAAUAUGAUUGGGAAGACAAUGAAAGAAAAUAUUAUAGAAAUAAAUAUCAUACACAAUCGACUUUAUUUGGUUCAUCAAUUAUUGGUGCUUUAACAAGUGCAGCAGUUGUAUUUUCAUGGGAAAAUGAUGGAGUUACUGAUGAAGAAUUACAACAAGCAAGUUCUGAUGAAUAUUUACUUAACAUGACGCAUAGUCAAGUUGAUGAAGCUUUAAUUACACUUGGUUGGGAAAAAAUUCUUCGAAAAGAUCAUUUAUUACUUUUUCGUAAAUAUGAUCAUGAUUUACAAGUUUAUGCAUAUAAAAUUUUUGGUACAUUUAAUGAUAUAUCUGCAUUAGUUUUUCUUCAAGUACAACUUGAUCUUGAUUAUCGAAUGAAAUGGGAUGAUCAUGCUUUACAUUUAUCUAUCAUUGAUACUGAUGAAGAUACUCAAAGUGAUAUUGUUCAUUGGAUACAAAAAUUUCCAUUUCCAUUGAACCAUCGUGAUUAUCUUUAUGUUAGACGUUAUUGUCUUGAUAUAUCAAUGAGUACAUCACCGAAAAUUCUUAUUAAAUGUCAUUCAAUUAAUCAUCCUAAUGUUCGUAAUGAUAAAAAAUGUGUACGAGUUAAGAAAUAUGAAUCAUCAAUGAUUAUUCAAUCAAAACAUAACCUUGAUGAAAAAGGAAUGAAAUUUUUAUUAACAUAUUAUGAAGAUGCAAAAGCAUCGAUACCUACAUCAACUUACUCAUAUUUAGCUCAAAGUGGAAUUCCUGAUUUUGUAGAAAAAUUACAUAUUGCAGCUAAAAAACUUCCAAAAUCAAAACAAUAUCUCAGCGUUAAUUCACUUCCACAAUGCCGUUUUCUUAAUGAUAUCUCUGGUUGA